CGCCUUUCGCUCCCCAUGAGUUCGAUAGCCCAUAGAGACGUCCGGUAGACAGCAGUAGCUCGGCACACAAUGGCAACAGCAGUAUCCUCGCCGUCGAUCAUCGACCUGAAAGUCCAAGCCACAUAUCCAAUCCGACUGGGCGCUAGCAUUACCGACCCUGAUAACGCGACACGAUAUGCCAGCGUGAAGUACAACUGUAGACCGUCACUUAAGCCGAAGGGUGGUGUGGAUGUUACCAUAGAAGAGCGUGGCGAUCAGCACACAUUGUUGCUGGAAGCAGAGGAUGGAGAGUAUGAAUACCACGGACAGUACGAGCGUCAAGAGUCCAGCUUUGUGUUGGUGCUGCGCGGAGAUGGCAAAGAGCGAGAAAUGCUACUGGAGAGGGUGGAUGGGAGUCACGGCUUCAAUCUGGUGAAGACACCAAAAGAAGACGAUGCUUCGAAGCUGGAGAGCGAGCAUCCGCACAUCCACGCUGGCGAUUCCGAUGAAGAUGACCUGUUCGGGGAUGCCGAUGAAGAAGCGCCCCCAGACGAUUCGAAUCCGUUCGAUUACAGGCACUUCUUAAAAGCUGAACUGGAGAAGCCUGAGACCACACAGCCUGUGCAUGAUCCCUCCCGCAGCUCAGCAGCCACGCCUCUCAUCCAGCAUGCAACUACCAGCACACCAGUCAGCCGACCUGCAAAGGCAGCUGCCAAGAAGGCUCCGGCGGCAAAGAGAAAGAGCGCUACCGCAGACAAACCAAAUCCUAAGAGAGUCAAGGCAGGUCAAGAUCUGCCACCUCCUGCCGCUGCGCCGGAGCCUGCGAAAGCAAAGGCGAAGCCAAUCGCGCCGAAGAUUCGCGUGGAUCGCAAAGCAUCAAUACGCAGACCAUCAAUUGAUGACUCCGGCGAGCUCAUUCUCGAGAACGAGACUCCAGUCACAGAAAAGCCGCCCAGGACAGCCAUGGCAAUGGCUCUGCAAGGACAGCUCGGUGCAGGUCCGAUCAGCUUGCGAUCUGCCGCGAGCAGCCCGGGUAUUGCUUCUCCCAUGCCCAACAAAGAGGAAGAGGUUCAAGAGUACGAGUUCGAGUUUGGCAACAGCAGUAGUCCUGAGCCUGAAGACGCCGCGGAUCAGCCGUCGCAAGACGAUGGUGGUGAAGCUGAUCUUGAUGGCGAGGAUGAUGAUGCAGAUGUGGAUGAUCUAGAGCUGCCAUCACCCGCAACGAGACAUAGACCGAGCGUCAGCGCUGCCACAGUCAUGGGCGGUGACGAUGAAGAAGAUGACAUGGAGAAGCAGCUUGAGCUUGCCAUGGCUGCUGAAGAUAAUGAGAGUGAGGAAAGUGAGGAGGAGUGAUGGUCACGCCCAAGACCUGCACGUUCUAGCGCACAUCCUUUGCUUUGGCGCUACAUGUGGUCUCUAAAUCCUGAUAUCCUUUGGCC